GUCUCGAAGGCCGGGUCGAGGUCCGCCCUGACUGCCGUCGUGGGCUCCAUGGGGGGUGAGGUGCCCAGCAUGGGGCCUACUGCGGUUCUGCGUGCAAGGGGCGCGGUCCUGGAGCUGCACGCCCACACGCUGGGCGAGAUGCUGAUCCGGAUCAGCGGCACCAUCGAGGCGGACGCCGAGCGAGUCCAGGCGAUGGUGGAGGACAUGCUGGAGCCCGUGAGCGUGGUCGACAUCGACGGCACCAUCGAGGCGGACUCCGAGCGGGUCCAGGCGAUGGUGGAGGACAUGCUGGAGCCUGUGGGCGAGGUCGACUACGACGGCGUAGGCUUCGAUCGGGACUCCGAGGUGGAGAAGGUCAGGACGACUCUGAGGCUGGUUGAAGGGGCCCUGGAUGAGGUCGAUGGCACCUUCGAGGCGGACUCAGAGCGGGUCCAGGCGAUGGUGGAGGACAUGCUGGAGCCUGUGGGCGAGGUCGACAACGACGGCGUAGGCUGCGAUCGGGCCUCCGAGACGGAGCAGGGUGGGACGACGCUGACUGCAGGGAGCCUUGAUGAGGUCAAGGACACCAUCGAGGCGGACGCCACGCGGGUCCAGGCGAUGAUGGAGGACAUGUUGGAGCCCGUGAGCGGGGUCGACAACGGCUUGGAUCGGGACUCCGAGACGGAAGAGGUCGGGGCGACGCCGAGGCUGCCGACGGUGCCGCACGCCGUCGAGGUCGCUAAACAGGAGGGCGCCACGGAAAGCGAGGCGGAGCUCGGCAAGCAGCAGCGCCUUGGCUUCGUGAUCAAGGCCAACAAGGAGGUGCAGGUCGAGGGCUGUUCCGAGGUGAUCUACGCAGACGCUCCAGGAGGGCUCUGCGACCAGAUCGUGCAGGCCUGCGCCCCCUUCGAGCCCGGCUCCGAGGAGCACGAGGCUGCGCUCGCGAGGGUGCUGGAGGGGUUUGGGCUCUCAGUCGACGACUACCGCUCCACGAUUACGGCGCCCGGGGGCAAGAAACGGAAGAACAAGAAGAAGGAAGCGUUCGGCACCGCGUUCCGCGACCCAUUCUUUCACAACGGGUCGGCGUUUCGCGCAUCGAACACCUCGCGCGUGCACGUGGUGACCUCGACAAUUGCGCGCGCGCCUCGGGCUGCCGCCUUCCAGGGCGGCGCGUGCUCGACCGCGGGCGAGGGGCAGCACCGGUUUGGGCUGAAGCCGACGUCGGGCGCGUUCGAGAAAACGGCGAGCUGCAGCCUACAUGAGGUUGCUGGCGACGCAGUGCAUGGCGGUGCCAGCAUCGACCCCGUGACCGGGGCGGUCAAAAAUCAGGCGAUGGCCGCGGGCUUGCGCGCUGUGCGGAGCGAGCCUUGGGCGAGCAUGUUUUCGCUCCAGCUGCCGUUGAGCAGUUUUGGGCAGGGCCGCGCAGCUCGCGUGGGCCCCGAUGACAUGCGCGGCGACUUCGGAGCUGUCGGCGACGAGUGUCCACUGCGCGAUCCGUGCUCACGCCAUCGACAGGCGCCCGACUAUGCCGCGCCG